AUGGCCAGGACAGGCCACUAUACCCCGCUGCCCUUUGGGUGCUCUCCAUUGACCAGGCCUUUGGAGGCUUAUUUGCUCUAUGGCAUCCUCAACUUAGACAAGCCCGUGAAUCCAUCCAGCCACGAGGUGGUCUCUUGGAUCAAACGGAUCAUGAACUGCGAGAAGACGGGCCACUCCGGCACACUGGACCCCAAGGUCUCCGGCUGCCUGCUGGUGUGCUUGAAUCGGGCUACACGCCUGGUGAAGGCACAACAGUCCGCUGGAAAAGAGUACAUUGCAGUGGUGCGCUUCCACUCGGAUCCCGGCUCUGCAUCGAAAGUUCAGAAGGCCCUCGACCAGCUGACGGGCGCCUGCUUUCAGAGGAGCCCCAAAAAAGGGCUCAUGCAACGGUCUUUCGUGACGGCUAGGUACAACAACAUGCGGGAUGAGAAAUACCUCAGAAGGGUGGUGAUGCCACUGGAACUGAUCCUGACCAACUAUCCCAGGAUUGUGGUGAAGGACAGCGCAGUGAACGCCAUUUGCUAUGGUGCUCAGCUCAUGAUCCCUGGCGUGCUCCGCUUUGAGCAGGGCAUCGAGGUGGGGUCGGAAAUCGUGAUGAUGACCACCAAGGGCGAGGCCAUUGCCACCGGCAUCGCACAGAUGACCACUGCGGUCAUUGCAUCCGUAGACCAUGGAGUGGUCUCCGUGAUCAAGCGAGUGAUCAUGGAACGGGACACCUACAACAUGCGGUGGGGCUAUGGUCCACGUUCCACUGACAAGAAGAAAUUGAUCUUGGCCGGUAAGCUCACCGAGAAGGGGAAGCCCAAUGAGAAUACGCCCAAAGCCUGGCUACUGGGCCAAGGGAGGUGGAGCUAUCUCCCAAAGCUCACCUGCGAAGAAGCACAGCAAGAGAUGGACGAAGCAUUAAAGGCAGUAGCAAAGACAAAGCGAAAGAAGACAGAAGAGGCAGAAGAAGAGGAGGCCCGGACGCCUCGUCGGAAGGAUUAACCCGACUGUGGGGAACCAUGUUCUGAGAGUGGCAACUCUGCAAACUGAAAUGAAAAGAACUAUAUAAUUGGUGAACAUUAAACUAGUUUCUUGAGAUUGGAUUGUUCUCGAACUCGGAGCGAUGCACCAUUGACUGGUGAUGACCUGGGGGUAGGAGUUGAGAGGUCGAAUGCUGACAUCUCUCUGUCCCUGACCGCCCAACCGCCCAAACCUUGCUGUGGGAGUGCCCAGGCUCAGCUUCCAACAAACAGAUCAGGAUUCUUAGGCCUAGGCACGAUAUGGCACGAUCUGUUUGACGAAAAAAAGCAUUAAAAACAGCAAUGAUCUCGUCGUUCGCUGUAAUUAUGUCCCCGCAACAGUUCGGUGCAGGGGACAGGCUCGCCAGGUUCUUCUCAUGGAUUUCUUGGAAACACUCUAAAAGAUACUCCAAAAGACACGUGGGUUUGUGGAAACUUGGCGGGUUCCAAAACCACUGGGUCGUCCCCCAAAAACGCCACUGGAGUUUCAGGGGCGCCGACACUUUCGGGUC